AUGGAAGAACCAGACCGGCCUGCCAAACGGGCCAAGUUAUCCUCCAACAUAGAUAAUGCAGACAAUGACUCCAACCAAGCGAGCAACAGCAGCAGCAUUGAGAGUAACAAUCACCCCCUAGCAUCCCUGCACCGCUCCAUAACACCUCCAUUGCUCUCCCGCUCCAAGGGACCAAAAACACCGCCACAACCACAACACAAUGCCACCCACCCAGCAUCACCCAGCACGCAGAAAACCAAAAAGAACAACGAUAGAGAAAUAAACAAGGAGAGUAUAAUACCCUCUCCCAUCCAACUAACCCACAUCCGGGACCUCCCCGCCUCCUCAGGUCACAACACCGACACUGUCCGACUGCGCGACAUUCUCGGGGAUCCAUUGAUCCGCGAAUGCUGGCAGUUCAAUUACCUCUUUGAUGUGGACUUUUUGAUGAGCCAGUUUGACGAGGAUGAAGCAUGUACACGUCACCCCAACGUCGAGGCAAUAGUGGCCUACAUGCCAGAAGCGUUCGGGACCCAUCAUUCCAAGAUGAUGAUUUUGUUGAGACAUGAUGAUUUGGCUCAUGAACACAGAGUGGUCAUCCACACGGCAAACAUGAUCGCAGGCGACUGGGCAAAUAUGUGCCAGGCCGUUUGGCGAUCUCCUCUUCUUCCACUCUGUUCCGAUGGAAGUGGGAGUGAAAAUAUAGCCACCCCCGGGGCACGCUUCAAGCGCGACCUCCUCUCAUAUCUACGAGAGUACGGGCAGAGGAAAACCGGUCCGCUUGUUGCGCAGCUUGAGAAACACGACUUCAGCGCUGUCCGCGCAGCAUUGAUCGCUAGUGUCCCCUCGAAGCAGAAGAUCCGGGAGUCGACUGAUUCGAACCAGAAGACGCUGUGGGGGUGGUUAGCUCUAAGGGAUGUCCUGCGGUCGGUGCCUGUUUCUCCUUCAGAGGAUAGACCGCAUAUUGUAACUCAGAUAUCCUCCGUCGCCUCUCUCGGCCAAACUGACAAAUGGCUCAAGGACGUCUUCUUUGCGUCCCUUUCCCCGUCAUCAAACAACCCCAAACCAAGAUUCUCGAUCGUUUUCCCCACCCCUGAUGAAAUCCGUCGUUCCCUGAACGGCUACGGCUCCGGCGGCUCCAUCCACAUGAAGCUACAGAGCGCCGCGCAACAGAAACAGCUGCAGUACAUGAGGCCGUAUCUGUGCCACUGGGCUGGAGAUGUCGCUGAGGACGAGGUGAAAAUGAAACGAGAAGCAGGUCGUCGCCGUGCGGCACCGCACAUCAAGACGUAUAUCCGGUACUCGUCAUCGGAGAUGGACCGGAUUGAUUGGGCGAUGGUGACAUCGGCGAAUUUGUCGACGCAGGCGUGGGGAGCAGCGGUAAAUGCUAACGGGGAGGUGAGGAUAUGUAGUUGGGAGAUAGGGGUUGUGGUUUGGCCGGAGUUGAUUGCCGGUGCUGGUGCUGAGGGGAGGAGUGUGAUGAUGCCUUGCUUUCGGAGGGAUAUGCCUGAUGCAGAUGCGGUUGCGGCUGCAGAUGCAAAUGCAAAUGCAGAUAAAAAGGAAAUUCCUACUACGACUACGGUUGGUUUUCGAAUGCCCUACGAUCUGCCGUUGACGAGGUACGGCGAGACGGAUAUACCCUGGUGUGCGACGGCUAGUCAUAGCGAGCCGGACUGGCUGGGGCAGACGUGGGAGGGAUAG